UUGUGGAAAAGUGACACGUGUCACAAGGGCUCUGAGCCCAACGGCUAGUUAUAUAAAACGGCUAUAAUUCAAAUUCUCAUUCUCUUCUUCUCUUCACCUUUCUACAUUUUCCCUUUUCUUUUCUCUCAUUACACUUCCGAUCAUCAUAAUCAUCAUCACUUUCUCACCAAUUCCUAGAAAAAAGUUCAUCUCCGAGAAAACGAUUCCCUUGAAGAGAGAAAGUGGUUGUCUUUACCACUAUAUACUCUUUCCCAUCAAUGAUUUUCAUCAAGAAACGGGUCUUUUGAACGAGCAUUUUCUAGAGAAAGUGUACUCGUUUCUGCCUCAGUACCCAUUUUAAUUUCGAUUACAAGGUUCUUUUUUCCGAUUUCUGGAAGAGUUUUCUUGGAAUUUCAAGAACAGGGUUCGGAGAUUUUUCUCGAGAAAGUGACAAGAGAGAGGAGAAAAUGUGGAACGACAACAAUGAGUGUACCAUUAUUCCACCUUAUAAAGGGUUUUUGACGCCACCUCCGGCAUCGAACUUUAACCCUUCGUAUCCUUCCGUUACAUCGAUGACUGAGUGUAGAAGAAGUCAUCCUCAGAACAGAGUUGAUUCGUUUCAUGUAAUACAUAAAGUGCCUGCUGGUGAUUCUCCUUACGUCAGAGCCAAACAUGUUCAGCUUAUUGAGAAGGAUCCAAGUAGGGCAAUUUCCCUCUUCUGGUCAGCAAUAAAUUCUGGGGAUCGAGUUGAUAGUGCCUUGAAAGACAUGGCAGUUGUGAUGAAACAGUUGAAUCGUUCUGAUGAGGCAAUUGAAGCCAUUAAAUCGUUUCGUCAUCUCUGUCCUCCCGAGUCUCAGGAAUCCAUUGACAAUGUCCUAGUUGAAUUGUAUAAGAGGGCUGGAAGAAUUGAAGAGGAGAUUGAGAUGCUUCAAAUUAAACUCAAACGACUUGAAGAAGGCUCAGCUUUUGGUGGAAGAAGGACUAAGACAGCAAGAUCUCAGGGGAAGAAAGUUCAUAUAACUGUUGAACAAGAGAGAUCUAGGAUAUUAGGAAACUUAGCAUGGGCUUACUUGCAACAAAAUAAUUAUACAACUGCAGAAGAGUUUUACAGGAAAGCGCUGUCGCUGGAGCAAGACAUGAAUAAGCAGUGUAAUUUGGCGAUCUGUUUGAUGCAUACGAAUAGACUACAAGAGGCAAAGUCUUUGCUUUAUGCUGUCAAAGCUUUAUCUGGUAAGAAUCCCAUGGAUGAAUCAUAUGCCAAGUCUUAUGACAGGGCUUUGGAAACACUGACUGAACUAGAGAAAGAAUCAGAACUGAAAUCAAAUCAAAAGGAUGUAAAUAGCUCAAAGGAAAUGUCAAGAUCUUUAUCUUCCUCCAUGACAAGUAGCAUGGAAGAUGUAAAUAGCUCCAUAAACACAAGCAGGCUGCAUCAUCAUGUAUUUGAAAAUGUGGUACCAAGAGAAGUUUGCGUUGGUGGUAACCAUUUGGAGAAUAAGGCCAAUUUCAAUGUGUUUGAAAUUAACAAUUCACAUUGCACAUCAAUGACAGCAAGAAGUGGCAUAAAGAUUUCUAGGCCAGUUGUGCCUGUUGAUAAGUGGAAGAAAGAUUAUUCUGAAAGCUCAAGUGAUAGCAAGCCUGUGGUUAUUACCAUUAUGAAAAACCGAGUUGGUACUGUUGGAACAGAUCCAAGUUCCUUGAACAAGAAGACAUACUUUUCUCCAGCUCCAGCUAGGUGCAAUCAGAGGACUCCAUAUACUCAACCUCGAAGGUGUCUAUGGGGAUUUAGUGAUGAAGAGCAGAGGAGGGUAGAAGAAGUAUGGGGAAAAGAUGUGACUGGGAAUUCAAGGAAGAAUUGCAGCUAUAAUGAUGGGAAUUCAAGGAAGAAUUGCAGCUAUAAUGAUGGGAAUUUAAGGAAGAAUUGCAACAAUGAUAAUGGGAAUUCAAGGAAGAAUUGCAGCUAUGAUAAUGGGAAUUCAAGGAAGAAUUGCAGCUAUGAUGGGAAUUCAAAGAAAAGCUGCAGCUACGAUGAUGGGAACUCAAAGAAGAAUUGCAGCUGUGAUGAAGACAGGAGGAGAAAGAGUUCUUGGCAAAAUGGUGAUAUGAAAAGAUGUAACCAGGAAGAAGAGUAUUUAAAUGUAGGCAUGAUUGCUGCAGAGUCACCAAAUGAUUUUUGUAACACAAAGGCAUUGGGAACUUCCAUCAGUACUUUUGGAGAGGGAAGCUCUGGCAGAGUAGAGAAUUCUGGCCAACAACCUACAGAAACUUCAAAGCCAUCAGUGGAUUCUUCGGUUUGUAAUAACAAGAAAAGUUGGGCAGAUAUGGCUGAAGAAGAAGAUGAUGAACAUUGUUAUAUAACAGAUGAGUUUUGCUGUGAUUGGAGUGGUGAAGAAGCAUAUAAUAAUGAGAACAUGAAUUCAAACUUAAUCCAUGGGAGUCCUUGUCUACAGACUCAGAUGAAAAACCCGAGCCAAAAGCUUGAAAUCUUUCAUGGUAAUUGGUAUAGUGAAGAUGAGUUGAAAGGCAAGAGCGAUACUUCAAACAUGAUUCCUGGGACUUCUUAUCUGCAGUCUCAGAUGAAACGUCUGACCCGGAAGCUUGAAUUCUGUGAAGUAAGAGAUGAAGGUAACAACAGUAAACAGGGGAAUGUGGCUGUUUCAUCUGGGAAUCCAACUGCUCGGCGUACUUUGUGUUUCGAUCAGAAGAACCAGAAGGGAGUUUCAACAACAGAUUGCUUCAGUUCUGCAGCAGCAUCUAAGAAUGUUCAGAAGUUUGACCGGAACUCAAACUCAGGGCAGCAUAAGGGAAGGUCUUCUGUUAAGAAAACAAAGAGAAACAGGUUGAAGGUUUUCCAAGACAUCACCCAUCAUCCAGAUAGUCCAUGAGUUUGAAUUAGAGAGUUUUCUGCUCAAGUUUUACAACACUCUUCAUAUGUGUGUCAUGUUUGUUAGAUAUUAUUGUACCAUAACAUUCUUUAAUCUUCACCAGUGUCUAAGAAAGUUCAGAACUUUGAUGAUGGGUCACUCAAAUUCUGGGCAGGCAAACAAAAGGUGUUCUCUUUCCAGAAAGAACAUAAGGAGAACCAGGUUGAAUGUUUCUCAAUACAUCACCAUUCAUCCAGAUAGUUCACGAGUUUGAGUUAAGAGAAUAUUAUGUAUAGCAAAGUCUUUCUUUCUUUUUCAGUGAGAUCUGUACAUCAUAGCCAUUCUUUGAUUCAUUACAGAACAAUUAUUUUUUUGGUAUUGUGCUGAACUACAUCAACUUCAAAAUUCACAGGAGUUCAGUGAAUAUAAUCUUUACUGUAAA